UGGCUGUGGGCCUUGUGGAGCUGCCUGUCAACAAGAUGGCCUUCCUUUCCACCGAUGUUCUGACUCCGAUUAUUUUGGUUGUUCAGAGAACAUACCGUAAAGGCCAGCCUGUGUCAGUUCUAAAAAGGUAGCUAGAUGAACGAGGAAGAGUGUGAAACAUGCUCAGGAUCAGUACAGAUAGAUUGUGUACAAUCGAAAAACGGACAGUAGGCGUCGAAAAUUAACAUUAGGGUGAUAUUAGAAAGUAUUCUGCAGCCAGAUAGCUACUGUAGCUAGCUACUUGGACACGUAAAAGAUAACCCGAGUCACCUGCACCCCCAUCCUUGCUCAAUCUGAUUGCUCGGUCGGUUGUUGAGAGGAAAACAGUCCUACGACGGGGGACGGGGGGGGGGGCUUGCUAGUACUGUCAUCGGCAGUGUUGCGGGUCAAGAGCUUUCGGAUCUACAGAUUGUAUGCCCUCUUCCCGUGGCGGUGCCUGCUGGCUUGCACAGAGAGAAUGAGUGGCAUGGUGCACAGCAGAUGCCCAGCCUAGACGCCGCCGAUAUGCUUCCCUCCGGCCCGUGAUGGACCGAGACACCUUCUCCCACAUCCGACUGUGGUGCCCACGCCCCUUUGGCACCUACUCCCAGAACAAGCCCCGAAGCACGGGUACCGGGGGCAGUGGGGUAGCCCCCUCCCUCUGCAAGGCUGACACUGCGGGGCGCAAGUCGCUGGAGGCCGGGGGAGGCGUGGAUGGCCAGGAGGAGGAUGCCGGCUCCGAGAACACUCCCCCAGACGCCAACCCGGCCUCGGCACUGCAGGCCCCCUCCAUCCCCACCCCUCCCGGCACCACUCAGAUGGAGGAUGGGAGGGUGCUGCUGGACACCUGGUACGUCAUCAAGCCGGGCAACACCAAGGAGAAGAUUGCGUUCUUUGUGGCCCACCAGUUCAGUGGGGUGGGCCUGCCUCGACCCAGCGCCAUAAAGGUGAAAGGGAACUGGGCCACGGACUGCACUAAGGCCAAGCGCAGGCGGCGCUGCUCCUCCUACGACCCCCCCGCCCGGGCCCAGACCAACAUUAUCCCCGCCCCGCCCCCAGAAGCCUCCACCCCAGAGGACAUCCCCGGCGUGAGCGAGACUGACCUGCUGUCCGUGGCUGAGAUGGUGGCCCUGGUGGAGCAGCGUACAGCCAUGGCCCUGCAGGGCAUGGUGGCCCAGGGACAGACUGCCCCAGAACACCCCGAGCACACACUACUGCGGGGCACAGUCUCCGACCCCAGCCCCAUGGUGUUCCUAUCAGAGAGCCCUGACCCCCCGCACAGUGCCCUGGAGGAGGAGGAGGAGGAGGAGGAGGAGGAGUCGCGGCGUGUGGCUCAGGCCGUAGCCCAUUUUGAGUCCCAGCAUCAGCUCCUGGAGAACACACUGAGGCCCGCGUCGGGCCUGGACUCCCCCAGGGAGAGGGAGCGGGUCGGGGACUCUGGCAGCGCUGGGCCCACCCACGGCCGAGGCGAAGUGAGGAUUGCCUUCCGGGUGUCCAGCCUGGAUCCUCGCUCGCAGUCAGAGCCCGCAGGCCGGCCCCGCUGCAUGUUCAUGAGCUGUGGGGGAGGAGGGGGCCAGGCGGGGGCCCGGGCCAAAGAGAAGAUCACCUGUGAUCUCUACCAGCUGGUCAGCCCCUCGUCACGGGACCCCAGCCUCCUGCUGGCCGGCUCUCCAAAAGCUGACCCCCAUGGGGAGGGCCAUACGGACCGGCCAGCCUCCAGCAGCCCUGACCACAGCCAGGAGCUUGGCUCUGGGGAGAAGGUGCCUGUGGCCCGGGAGAGGGUGACUGGCUUCCACGUGGAGGUGGUGGUCACGGGUGCUGUAGACCAGUGUGUGUUCUAUGGCAAGGACAGCACAGAGAAUGUGCAAGAGGAGACGGUGUGUUUCGCCAUGCCCAGUGGGGCCGACAGCUCAGAGGACCCCCCUCCAGGCCAGCUGUUCUUCCUGCAGCCCCAGAGAGGGUCUGACGAGGACAGUGGCACCGGCAGCAGCAGUGGAAUGUGCUCUUUGGACUGCGCCAAUAACAACGGUCCUGCUGGGGAUGCUGCUGACCGGCCGGACUCCCCCCUGGCCGGCGUGGAGGACUGCUCUGACCCCUCCCUGUGCCGUCUCUACCGCCAUGUCUCUCACGACUUCCUGGAGAUCCGCUUCCAGAUCCAGCGGCUGCUGGAGCCUCGUCAGUACAUGCUGCUGCUGCCCGACCACAUCAUGGUCAACAUCUUCAGCUACCUGCCCACCCGCUCGCUGGCCGCCCUCAAGUGCACCUGCUACGACUUCAAGGUUCUGAUUGAGACGUACGGUGUGCCCGCCACCGACUCACGCUGGAACCAGGACCCGCUGUACCGCGACGACCCCUGCAAGCAGUGCAAACGGCAGUAUGAACGGGGUGACGUGUCGCUCUGCCGCUGGCACCCCAAACCUUACCACCACGACCUGCCUUAUGGACGCUCCUAUUGGAUGUGCUGCCGGCGCACGGACAAGGACACACCGGGCUGCCGCGUGGGGCUGCAUGACAACAACUGGGUACUGCAGCCCUGUGAGCUGGUGCAGACCCGCGCUAAGAGGGAGGACGGGAGGUAAAGGGGCCCUCCCCAGGUCCCAGCACCCCUCUUACUCCCUCUAGACCCCACUGCCCCCUGGUGGCACAGUAAAGAACAGUGUUGUCCCCUGGUGGCACACUAAAGACCAGGGUUGGGGUCCUCUCCUGUGUUGUCAGCUCUCUCUCCUGCUCGCUAUCACCUUGUUUUGAGUUCAUAGCAGUUGACUAGCUCCCUACUCGGUUGAUAGUACAUGUGAAAACUGAACUCAUGAUGAGUGGGCCCAUACUGGUGGUAUGGUAUGGUGCUCCGUGUGCUGCAUGGGGCCUGAUGCUCAACGUUUCUGCCUAUUGGUCAACUGACAGUCGCAUCCUAGCCAUGCUGUCAGUGCUAGAGCUGACCCCAACCUUACUGACCAGAGGGCCAGCCACUGAGGACUGACUGGCUGGCUCACAGAGGGAGUCUGUGAAAGUUUAAAGGUCCAUUGCAGCUGUUUUUAUCUCACUAUCAAAUCAUUUCUGUGUUAACUAUUAAGUACCUUACUGUGAUUGUGUUCAAUUA